AUUAAAGAUGAGACUGAAGACAUGAAGAUUGAAGAUAUUGAGGAACAAACAGACCUAACGGCACUGGCUAGCCAUGAACUUAAUGAAAGGGAAGAAGAGAAAGAACAUAAUGAUAAACAUGAUUUCAUGACUGGGGAAAGGUCGACGCUGACUAAAAAGACUUCCUCACGAAAAAGAGUUCAAAAGACAGAAACUAAAAGAUAUUUCACCUGCCAACAGUGUGGAAAGAGUUUUGAUCGACAUAAAAACCUUCAAGUCCAUAUGAGAAUUCACACUGGAGAGAAACCUUUUUCUUGCCAGCAAUGUGGAAAGAGUUUCAUUCAAAAAGGACACCUUAAAGUCCACAUGAGAAUUCACACUGUAGAGAGCCCAUUCGCCUGUAUACAGUGUGGACAGAGUUUCAGUGAAAAAGCAAACCUUAUAGUCCACAUUAGAUCUCACACUGAAGAAAAGCCUUACACCUGCCAACAAUGUGAAAAAAGGUUUCAGUAAGAAAGGAAACCUUGACAUCCACAUGAGAGUUCACACUGGAGAAAAGCCUCACACCUGUCAAGAGUGUGGAAAGAGUUUCAGUCAUAAAGGAGGCCUUAAGCGACACAUGAGAAUUCACACUGGAGAAAAGCCUUACACCUGUACUAUGUGCGGGAAUGGCUUUUCACGGCAACAAAUCCUUUCCAUCUGCUCAUACACUCUAGUUACCAGGCAGAUUUUCUAAUAUCAGGUUUCACAGAGCAAGGGGACUUAAAGGCACAAUUAAUGAUAAUGAGUUCAUACAAAUAUGCCACCAACUCAUUCAUAUUUUCUUUUAUGGGGAUUUUGCAUAGGGGUUACAGUUACAUUACAUGUAUUGCAAAAUACAUAGGCCUAAUGUUUUGAGGACCAAGUUUGUAGUCAAAGUAUGGGCAGGCCAUAGUCAAUGUAAAUCAUAUUGUUGGUGUUUCGUCUGUACCAGUGAAUGUGCCAUAACUGUUUAUCCGCCGUCAUCGGUGGCCCUGCUUGCUUAUUAGCCUGCGCGUUCACGGCAGGCUCCGUUGUGAUGGGGAGGAGCUGUGGAGGGAGGGCUGUAGCGCAGCAGAGAGCAAGGGGGAGUGACCUGUGAGUUGUGCUUGUUCAAAUUUUCAGGCUAAGUCAACGUUUUCUAAAAACUCCCUACUGCAGCUUUAAAUAAUAAAACAAAAAAAAUCAAAGGAUGUCACAAUGUUUCUGUGUCAUCAGUAAUGUCAGUGUGUAAAGCAGAGUGCAUGGUUGGAAAUGUAAUGUAAUGUUGAGGCAUAAAUACAGAAAACAAAUCAAACAAAACAUAAAGUCCAAAACCAAACAAAGUCCAAAGCCAAAGUUCCCAAAGCUCUCCUUGGCUCGACUGUAGAUCUCUUUUUAAAGGAGCGCCUGAAGCACUGGUCACAGGUGAAUCCAAUAGACUGCUAAUUUGUGGGAACAGGUACCAAGCAGCAAUACCCGAGACCAACAGCAGAGGUCGUCACACCUGGUACCAUGCAAAAUCCACAGGCCUGCUUUUGUGACCAAGGGCACAUGAAUGUCUACUGGAGAGGUGAGACACACUCAGUCUGUGGCCAGGCUCAGGGUGCAUGUUGAAUGCCUGAUCCGGCAGGUGAAGUAACACAAGUUGUUUGACACAGUCAUCCCCUUGUCCAUUUCUGGUAGCAUUAAUCAACUUGCAUUGUCAUGUCUUCUCAUUAACUACCAGAAUGGGGCCACUUGUCAAGGCAUGGGCCCAGUGAGUCUACACAGUGUCAUUCUUGUCUGUCUUUAUUAUUUGGCACAUUGAAUUGUAAAUAUAGUCUGGAAACUGUCUAAUUUUCUUACUAUGAUGGCCUAUUUUUUUGCUUGCCUUUACUACUGAAGUUCAGAAGCACAUCAUGAUUCUGUUCACGCAUGGAGAUGAACUGGAGGAUCUGAAACAGGCAUUGAUGAACAUCUGAAUGUGGAGGAUGAUUUUACUGUUUCAGUAUUAAAGGUAAAUCAGACAUUCAGGUACAAGAACUACUACAGAAGAUCGAAGGAAUGAUGAUGGGAAAUGGUUUUUCUCCAGUGUGGAUCCUAAAGUAAAAAUCUUCUCACACUCAAAGCACAUGUACUCUCUCACACCAGUGUGUAUUUUCUCAUGUUUAUUUAAAUAAUACAGCAGUGAAAAACUUUUUCCACACACAGAACAUGAAUGUGGCUUCUCCUUUGUAUGAACUCUCAGAUGUUUCUUCAGGUUUGAUGCCCAGAGAAACGUUUUGCCGCAUUCAUUACAUGCGAACUGCUUCUCUUCUUCUUGUUGUGAAACUCUCCCCACAUUGAUCACAUGUGUGUGACUUCUCUCCAGUGUGAACUUUCAUAUGACUCUUAAGAUAUCCUUUUUGUGUGAAGCUCUUCCCACACUGAUCACAUGUGAACGGCUUCUCUCCUGUAUGAACUCUCAUGUGAAGCUCAAGAUAUUGUUUGGUUGAUAAACUCUUUCCACACUGAGUGCAGAUUGUAGAUUUCUUGUCUCUUUUUCUUUAAAAAAGUCUUUUUAGUCUUUGAGUGACUCAAAGGUUUCUCUCCAGGUUUGUCAUGAUGUUUCUCCUCCACUUCACUCAGUUCUUCACUCUCCUCACUCUCUUCCAUCAACUCUGAAAUUACAAAAAAAGUUAAUUUUCAGUAUAUUAAAGUAAUUCAAAAUGAGGAUUAUGAAGUGAAAGAACAUAAAAGUGAAUCUUCAUGUACUGAAGUAGACAACGGCUAUGAAAUAUUCUGAUAACUUUGAUGCCUUUUUAUAUAUUUAUUAUAUGUCCCUGAAACAAUUAUUAUAUUUAAAACAUUAUAGACAAAUCACUGUUGUGUUUGUCUGUAGUGUACUGUUUCUGUAGUAAGAACUAUUAAAUAACUUCUACAUUUUAUGAAAAAUACAACUUUAUCAGUAACUAUAAAUCAGAUUUUGUUUGUCAAGCUUACAACCCUGUCAGCCAUUCUGGAAAGUGAAUUUACUUGAUACAGUUUGGUGUUUACUGAUAUUACUGUUUUUUCUUUUGAAACAAGUCUAAAAUUUUGGUCACAUUAUUGCAAAUUUUGAACCAGAUUUAAAAUAAAUGUAAAAUAAUCUGUAUUUUUACCUGAUGUUGACAAUCAAUAUGAACAUUUUUCAAAUCUCACUUUACUGACCAUUUGUUGAAUAUUAGAUGAACUGCAUAUCUAAAUGUGUUGUUGAA